GUUAGUUUCACUUUCACUGGCACUCUGUCCUUUCUAUAUCAAGAAGAGAAGAGAGACGGGCCCCAACAUACAGUAAGAUAGUUGUGUUUGGUAGAAGAUCUAUUGAUGGCACAAAUCGUUGGAAUAUUCUCCAGGUCGGGUGAAACUGAUUAUGCCUGGUUAACGGAUCGGCUAGGAGAACACUGUGAGGUUCUUACAGUGUGCAUCACUAAUAACAAUCGCAAUGAACUGAUACUUCGCUCCAACCAAUGCCAAUGGGUCAUAUUGUAUCACACCAAACAUCGAGGCCGAGUUAAUAUCACCGAUGUCACGGAUUCCCUCUAUGACAGUGAGAUAGAUCUUCUGUCUGACAGACAUGGGAAAAGUCAUGUCCUAGUAGUCAUUGAUGAUCUGGAGGACAGCAGUGAGGAGGUUAAGCAAAGAAUCCUGAGCAGUCAGCCCACCCUUGGAACCAAGGCUCACAACAUUUUCCUGUUCACCAAACCUGAGAAGCUAAACGAGCAAAUAUUAAAAGAAAAAAUACAGCCUAUAAUUGAUGUGAUCCAAAGAGGUAAAGAAGAGUCCAGGGAGAUUGUAUUAAUUCUGGGGGUGACGGCUCUAUCAGCGACUGUAAUCCGAGAAACGAUUCGCUCACCAGAUGGAAGAAAUUUGCUCCUUGCUAGUCUUUGGUCAGCCGGGGCCAUCAGGACUUUCUACAAGAAGCCAUCAAAACGCUUUUGGUUUACCCCCCGGAUUCAUUCCACGUUGUCCUGGACCGUGACCCUGGCCAGUUUUAUCAACACGUACUACAGACCCACCGCUUCUAAUGCCAGCCUUUCUUUUUCUUGGCUUAUAGCCAGUGUAAUCCUCCCUCGUAACCAAUUCAAUUUGAAUCGGACGGCCUUGAAGACGAUGGGUUAUAGUUUGGUGAUUUACAGUUUUUGGAAAGGCUGGAAAAUGCCUAAUACCACCAAAGUAUGGGAGAUGAUAGUUCAGACAGUCCUGCGUUCUCCAUCCAUCCUGGCAGCUCUAUAAUUUCACCACCAAUGGGCAGAUCACUGGAGUCACCAUGAUAUACCGGAAAAUACAUAAAAAGAUACAGUAUGUUCCCUCCUACAACCUUUUCUUCCACCAUUGUAACCAAAUACUUACUAAUAAAGUUUAUUGACGAAAUA